CAAUUUUUUUUAAAAUUAUUAUUAUUAUUAAAUUAUUAUUUUUUUGUACAUUUCUCUUACAAAAAAAAAACAAAACAAAAACCCUUGAGAAACAUCAUCCCUUUCCGAUCAUUGAUUUGUUCAAUUUUUUGGUUGGAUUCGUUCAAUUUUGCGCAGGAAGACCAAAUUCCACCCAAAUUCGCCUCUUCUACGGUUCCAAGUUUGUCCUUUCAGUUUGAAUUGAUUAAUUAUUGAAUUAAUUUGAUCAGUAAUUGGAGCGGUUGCGUUCUGAUCGUGAGGAGGAAUGGAGCAGAGCAGGAGAGCGGUAGAGUCGUAUUGGAGGUCAAGAAUGGUGGACGGCGCCACGUCCGAUGAGGAUAAGGUGACUCCGGUUUACAAAUUGGAAGAAAUUUGCGAUUUGCUGAGGUCGUCGCACCCCUCCAUCGUUAAGGAAGUCUCCGAGUUUAUUCUCAAGCGUCUCGACCACAAAUCGUCUAUUGUUAAGCAGAAGGCCUUAAGAGUCAUCAAAUAUGCAGUGGGAAAGUCAGGUGCUGAGUUCAGAAGGGAGAUGCAAAGGAAUUCUGUUGCCGUACGCCAAUUAAUCCACUACAGGGGCCAGCCAGAUCCUUUGAAGGGCGAUGCACUGAACAAGGCUGUCCGUGAAACAGCACAGGAAACACUCUCUGUUUUAUUCACAUCGGAUGAGAGCAAAGCUGCACCUAAAGAAAGUAAACUUGGUAGUCGAAUUCAAGGAUUUGGGAAUACUAACUAUGAAUUGCCUUCAGAAGAUAAAAGGUCCUUCAUUAAUGAGAUUGUUGACAUUGGAAGUGCCACAAUCAAACAGGGACUGAGUAGUUUGGCACAGUCCCCAUCUCUGAGAAAAAACAAUGACACUGGGAGUUACAGAAGCCCAAAUCUUCAGCGAUCUUUGGCUCCGGAAAGAGAUCACUCUGAAAGAUAUGAAGCAGUUGAUUAUAAUACUGACAUGCAAAGCUCUUCUCGGUUCUCCAAAAAUGCUGGUUCUGGAAGUUGGGGCCAAGAUCUCAGUGCGUCCCAGGCAGAAACAAGUGAUGGAGUCUAUGAAUCAACUUAUGGCACGAAGACUCGUGAGGAGAAACUGUUAGAGACAAUUGUAACAUCUGGUGGUGUGCGUUUACAGCCUCCUCGAGAUGCACUUCAUAGCUUCCUGAUAGAGGCUUCAAAAUUAGAUGCUUUGUCUUUAGCACAUGCAAUCGAAACAAAGCUGAAUUUACCUAUGUGGCAGGUUCGCAUGAAAGCCAUUUGCGUCCUUGAGGCAGUGCUGAGGAAGAAAGAUGAUGGGAAGUUUUCUGUCAUAUCUUCUUAUUUUAGUGACAACAGUGAUGCAGUGAUCCAAUGUUCUGAAUCCCCCCAAGCAUCUCUGAGGGAGAAGGCAAAUAAGGUAUUGAGUCUUCUGAGUGGUGAAAAAGGUGGUGGAGGAAUCAAUCAAGUCGAAAGAUCAGCUCAGCCUUUGAUGAUGCCAGACUUGCUAGACACCAGUGAUUCACACGAUCUUAUGGGCGUGGAAGAUUCUCAAAAAGCUGAUGUUCAGCCAAGUACUUCAACUGUAGGACCUUCUAAUGCUCCACUGAUUGAUGACUUAUUGGGGGACAGUUUUGGUGGUGGUGACAACACCAACUGGCAGAAGGUCGACGAUGACCCAUUUGCAGAUGUCUCCUUCCAUUCCAGUCUUGAUAAGGACCAUGAAACCGAUGUCUUUUCUGGCAUGGCAGUUAACAAGUCGGUAAUUAAGGAUGCCCAUGUAGCAGCUAAUAGAACUGAAUCCGCAUCUUUUGACUUUUACAACUCGACAUCCCAGGAGCUUGAAAAUGCUGGAAAAGAUGUUAAUGACUUGAUGAGCAGUUUGUCAAUAAAUAGAAACGAACCAUUUGAAAAGCAAAACGGAAGCACUACUAAGAAAAGCCCAGAACAUGUUCAUUCAGCGUCCAGUAUUCCCCAAGAAAAUAACAUUCAUAACAGCAUCUUGAGUAGGGAAUUCACUUCUCAAACUGCAGGGAUCAAUGUAGCUCCCAUGUUCCCUUUGGGGGCCAUGGGUUAUAAUUUUCCAUCAGGGUUGAUGUUCAAUCCCGCAUUAGCUUCUCAUGCGAUGAAUAAUAUUGCCAUGGAGAAUAUCUUGGCUCAACCCCAGUUCCUUGCUGCAAUGUCCAACUUUCAGCAACAAGGGUAUCUGCAAUCAAGUACAGGUUUUAGCGCUGCUGGAUCUGAUAUAGGAAAUUCUUCGGCCUUUCCAGAUGUUUUUAAUUCUACCAUCGCUACCCAACCUCCGACUUCACUAAUGAAUGACUCAAAAAGAGAGGACACUAGAGCAUUCGAUUUUAUCUCGGUAAGUUUGAGCUUCACUAUCUAUCAUUACAUUAUAUUGCUUUUCAGUUGAGCACUUCAAAUCUUUGACCUUGGUGGGUUUAUAAAUGCUUAGGUUUUAGUUAAUGUCAUUCAAUCUUAGCAGUAUAUUCUAUCCUUUGCCAAGUGUAUGCCUUUUAAGUUCCCACACGUCUUCAAAUGACAUACCUUCAUUUGUAGCAUGUUUGCAGGAUUUAGAUACUAAAUAAAUAGCUGCUGGAAUUCUAUGAAAAACUUUCCAUCCUCUAGAGGAAGUCUUGGGUGCACACAUGUUUCAUUUUUGGUGUGAGUGAGCUUCUGUGACUUAUUUAUUUUGUUUUGAAUGUUACGCUUGGAGAUGUGUACAAGCUUGUUCUGGAAAUAUCUGAUCUUGGAUUGCCAAUUACUGAUAGAGAUGGGGUUAUUUAGUGGCUUGACCUAGGAUGACGUUUUCUGCUUUGCUACAUGCAGUAGCAUAACUCUUCUUCCGUAGUUUUCAAACUUUUUUGUUAAAUAUCAUACUUUUUGGCAACAUACGAGCCACAUAGGUCACAAUCUAAUAGUUACGUUAAGAGACUGACUUAAGAACAUGUCAGGAGUGCUCGUAAAAUGAAGGCUAGUGUAAUUAGACAUGACCUUGAUGAUAUCAUAGAAACUAAUCAACUUACUUGAGGUAGCUCAUUUUUUGAAACUCUACUCACAUCCAGCUCAAGCAGUAUACAAGGUAUUUUGAGCUGGCUCAGUCAGCUAUGACCUCAUGGAGCUGGGUUAUCCGACUCUAGGUCCUAUUCAAAUUUACGAAGACCUACGUCCUGGGAAACUUGUUCAGAUUAGAUUAAUACGGGGUAAACUUUUGUUCAUGUUGCAGGAUCAUCUGGCUGCAGCUCGCGACCCAAAGCAUGUAACGUGAGUAUUUCAGUGAAUUGUCUGAAAUGGAGCAACAACUCACCUGGUUAAUAUUGAAACUUGAAUUGAGAAAAGAAAAUAGUUGGGCAUUGUUUCUGCUUUCGGCAAAGGAUCAGUCAGAAAAUGGGUGAAGUUUCCGUUAGCCGUGAUGUUGAAUGGGUACGAAAAGGUUUCGGUAUCUUUGCAGCUAUAGUUUUAUGUUCUUUGUCAUUUGAAAAAAAAAUGAAUUAGAAUUUUCUAGUGAGUUGCCCUGAGUCAUUACUUACCAAGGUAAAAAAAUCAUUACUGUGUGAUACAUAUUCUUUCAUGGAGAUUGAUAAGUCGGGGGUUAAAUUA